CUACGAACAGUAUAUAUAUGUGUGGGUGGCUGUAAACAACGCUAGUGUGACGUGGCAGUCACUCUCAUGGCAGGUGAGGUACGACAGGCAGGAGCAGGAGAGACCCCAAACCGUGACACCUUGGCUACCGAUUUGACGACAAGCUAUUAGGUCUCACUGCUUUCAAGGUUUCCGGCGACCAUAUGCCGCUCAGCUUCGAGGACGCAAGAAGGCCAAUCGAGAAUCACAAGCGACAUACGCUGCUUGGGGACCGGGUCCUCGAUCUGGCUCUGUGUCGAAGUUGGUAUGAGAGCGGGCGAACUCGACUGGGCUGGCUAUGCUGCGAUAGAACGUCUCGUAACACGACUGGCCUUGGCUAAGAUGGGUCGCAAAAUCAAUCUCGAGCGGACCGUUUUGACAGAGUCCAUUGUUUCUCCGGACAUGCUAGCCGAGGCUUUCGAAGCUUUGAUAGGCGCCAUUUAUGUCGAUUCGCGUGACAAUCUCGGCACGGUUCAAGAUGUCCUCAAGACUGUCGGGUUCAAAACUGUAGCUUCCUCCCUCGUAUCACCUUUGGCCCGAGACAGUCAUUCGAUGACAGCGACAAAAGUAGGAACACAGUCCGGAUCAACUGCGGACAACAAGGUCCAGUCAGCCGAAAACGUGGGCUUGAAGUCUCAGUCCGAACCAU